AUGGAAGCUGAUCCUUUAAAAAAUGAAGACUGUGUGUCUCGGUGGGUUGCUGAAGGUUCACUGGGGUGGGCUCUGCCCUCUCCUAGCAAAACUGACCGCAAAGUGGGAUCCUCUUUAGGUCUGGGCUGGGCCAACAGCAUGAAUGAAUCCUUCUGUGGACAGUUUACAUCCUUGCACACUUCUGCAAACGUAAUGCUGGGAGGAGACGUUGCUUUACCAGGUGACGCAGUCCACUCACAAACCUUUCAGGAAACAAAGCCACUCCAUGACUUGGCUAGCCCUAGUCUUCUUCCACACGUACUGCAACCAAAUCACACUGGAAUAUUUCCUGCCUGUCCGAAUCAUGAAUCUUUGGGAAUUCCACAAGUUUCUACUGCUACUUCUCCUCCUUUGAAAUCUCAGGAAGCCAUAUUCUGUCAAAACAGGGAACAGAAUCCAGGGCAGCAGGAACAGCUGAUGAUACGCCAGAUGGAGCACCUGCAGAGGCUGGUAACUGAACAGCAGAAAAUUAUUGCGUUCUAUAACCCAGGCUUUUCAGUUCCCCCUGGUAGUUCUCCCCAUCUGCUUGCUACGAUGCCACCCCUUCCGAGAGUCCCUGCUGCUUUAUUUCCUGCCCAGCUCCCUUUAAAGAACACUUUACCAGUUCAGGAUAGUGGAGUUUCACCAGUCACCCCCUUACUCAUGGAACAUACUUUACAGCAAUGUGCCACAGGAACCUCAGCGAAUGGCAGCUGUUCAGAAGCUUCAAGGAAACACCCUGAAUCACAGGCAAUAGAGCCUUGCCUUGAAACCUUGCCUGCUAUUAAAGAAGAGAAGGGGGAACAAGAAAUUGAUGAACACACAUCCCUUUCUCCCUUUGGAGUAAGAAUAAAUUCAAGCACUACAAAUGUGGAUGACAGAUCUAUGAGACCUGGAAUUGGUGCAAGACAGAAAACAUUUGAGGAGCUUACUGAGGAGAAACUUAAAGUACAUUCUCAAAGAACAGGGAAGCAGCAGAAGAACUCCUGUGAUACUGACGUAGCUGCUCGGACGUCAUUCCUAAAAAGUGGGGAAGGCACAAGACUUGAAAAAAAUAAGGAGAACCUUCUUCGCAAAGAGCAAACCAACCUUCUCAGAAGAGUCAGCUUUGAUUGCCAAAAUCACUUUGCAUGGCCUGCCCACUGCGACACUGAAAAAUUGUUGGGAAAGCACGCACAACUAAAAAGACAGGGCAGUAGUCCUAUGAUGCUGUUCAUGGAUGGCAAAAUUGCAAAUUGUAUUACUCCCACGGAUAUAAAUUGCCAACAUAACCGUCUGGAGCAAAGACCAGGAGAAACAAAUGAAAGUAGUAACACUGGUGGUCAUGAUGGUGAAGAAACGGUAAACAAAGAAGAACCUGAUGUACGUUCUCAGAUUAACUGCACUGAAUGUCACAAACAAAUAAAUGUAACCAAGGCAAAAGUGUUUGAUGAAACUGACAUGUCAUGUCCCGGUUCCCAAGACCACUCAGAUGGGGAUAACGAUAGAUCAAUAGACACUAAAAUUCCAGUUUGGCAUAAGGAAAAUUUGGAGGUUGGUGUAUCACAGGUAACAGGGUGGUCCAUAGAUGCUUCACUGAACACCUCUAAGCUUCAGAACUUCAAAGAAAAUAAAACGAAUCUAGCAAAUCAGAACUCCAGGCUCCAGGUUACUCAAGCUGUGAAUGACAAAAGGUCGGAGAUCAAAGUAGAAAGUGGCCCUGGGUUUAAGAAGGUCAAUGACCAAAUAGUAAAAGUUGUUUCUAAGUCAAACAGGAAACAGGCAGCCACAAUAGCUAAUUCCCAGAGGAAGCAACACCUCAGUGCAGGUGCUGCUGACAGAUGGAAAAGAAGUCCCCCUUCUAGUGAUUCAGACUUCACAUCUACUGAUAGUGAAGAUGAACCCAAGUCUCAUUGCUCUCAGUACCCUGUAAGGCCGGGCACCCACAGAGCGACUAAUAGAGAUCACAGUUUGGAUCUUUCUGAUGCUGACUAUGCUACUGAUGAGCCCAGUGGCCCUGAAGAUGGAAAACACCCUGCCAAGAAGGUUGAAGUUCAGGAGCUAGCAGGUCAACAGGAAACCUCCCUCAUCACAAGCAGCAGCAGCGAGUCUAGCACUGGAAUUGGCAGCUUGAAAGAUACGACGACUCACUCUCCUCUUAGGAAGUCUCCUUUCCGUCCCUCAAAAACUGCAAAGGAUGGGAGAGAACCUGAGACGUGGUGGGAAAGCAGUGCCAGCCACAGUAUGGAAUGCCGUUUGCAGCCUCGUUCUUUGACAAGGGAUCUUGUGGCCAGCCUCUUCCCUGUUUUCAAGACUAAAGCAAGUGCAGAAGAUGAGAAAGCUGCACUAGAGGAAGUUAAAAAAAGGCCCACAGACAAGUUGGAGGAAUGGGAAACAGACAUUAAAGUACAGCAUCGAGAAACUUCUCUGCUAGCUCAGAUGAAGGAGGAACAAGCAAAAGCAAUGGCUUUCCUUAGAAGACAAAUAAACCAGCUUGAGACCAACCAGCUUCAAGAGUUGCAUCAUCUAGAAGAAGGCAAGAGUGAGGAAGCAGUGGAACCGCAGAAAGAAAACGAAGGGUUUAAGAAACACAUAGUUAAAGAGGAGGAAGAAUCAGCAGAAAUAAAAAUGCUAAGGCAGCAAAUAUCAGGGCUACAGGAGGAGAUUAGGAGAAAUGAGUCUCGCUGGCAUGCUGCCCAUGGUGAGCUGAGAAGUCAGGUGGAAGCCCUGACCAAGCAGAACCUGGAGCUUCAAGUUGACCUCAGAGUAUCUGAGCAUCGAAGGAUGGAGGCCAAGAGAAGUCACGGACCUGUGGAUUUUAUUGAAAGAGGAGCUGAAGUGCCGGUUUUGAAAGCUGUUUUGGGAGGGGCCUCGCCCCACAAUUCACUGGAAGAGAGACCAUCACGAGGUAACCAUAGGAGUCGCAUCAGUAUGCAUGCUACAAGAAGUUCACUGCAAAGGUCUGAGUCACUGAAAUCUGCAACAGGAGCACACAGAGAAAAGAGCCCACCUAAAUCUCUUCAUAGUGGAAACGUGUCCCCUACAGGUCGGAGGAUACUUCAUCAACCACCCUUUGAAAAUUCCUCUCCAAAGUCAAUCCUGUCUAGAAAACCACCACUAUAUGUGGAAAGUAAGAAGGAUGAGGAUGUGAAAGAAAAAAUAGAGUAUCCAGAUGGAAAGGUGGAACAGCUGUUUGCUGAUGGACGCAGAAUUAUGACUUUCCGCAAUGGCACGAAAAAGGAGAUAAGUGCUGAUAAAAGGACCACUCUUCUUACUUUUUUCAAUGGAGACAUUAAGAAGACCCUGCCAGAUCAGAGAGUGAUUUACUAUUAUGCAGAUGCCCAGACGACUCACAUCACUUAUCCAAAUGGCAUGGAGAUACUACAGUUUCCUAAUCACCAGAUUGAAAAACACCAUCCAGAUGGUACCAAGGAAAUUGUGUUUCCUGACCAGACUAUUAAACGACUAUAUGAUGGAGGUAUUGAAGAAACUGUUUUCCCUGAUGGCACAGUUGUCAAAGUAGAAAAGAAUGGAGCUAAAACCAUCUUGUUCAGUAAUGGACAAAAGGAGAUUCAGACUGCAGAAUUCAAGAGAAGAGAGUACACUGAUGGCACUAUAAAGACCGUGUAUGCUAAUGGCCGUCAGGAAACCAAGUAUUCUUCUGGACGGGUUCGAAUAAAAGAUUCGAGAAGAGGGGGGGGACUCAUCCUUGAUCAAAAGUGA